AUUGAGGGGUAAGAGCAAAAGUAAUCUGAUUUAGUAAUUGAGGAUGGGAAGGUCAUGCUUUUCAAAGUGUAGGGGAAGACUGAUGGGUUGGCUUCAGAUUAUGUUGGGAGGGCUUGUUAUAAUUGUGAGCCUAUCGAGUUUAUUUAGGUUUUACUCUGCUGGAUUUUUCGUACACAAUGAAGAUAUAUGCCGCCAUUUCUACAAUGUGAAGGAGGUUUAUGAGGGUUUUGAUAUACGAGCCCUGACGGCUCGGGUUGAAGAAGUUCUUUGUAAGAUGGACAGCUUGCAGACUAAGCUCGAAUCAACUGUGCAAGAAAUGGAGAAGGACAAAGAGGGUUUGACUAAGACUAAAAUUUCCGGAUUGGAGCACAAGAGGUUUUUAGAGGAGGAGAANAAAGAGGGUUUGACUAAGACUAAAAUUUCCAGAUUGGAGCACAAGAGGUUUUUAGAGGAGGAGGUAAUUAGGCCUCUUUAUGAUGCCCACAUUGCUCUUAGACAGAUUAGAUUGCCCAAAAUUGAAGGGGUCAGAAACACGACUAUUAAGGAAGAGCCUUUGAUGAAUACUUUUGUGAUUGAGGAGAUUCGGAAGUACAUUACUCCAAAAGAGAACAGAGUUGGCAAGGUCAAUAUAUACGGAACAGGGAGGAUUUAUAACACGAUAGGGCACGCUUGUGUUUUAUUGAAGAAAGAGUUGGAAGAGUAUAUGGAUUAUGACAUUGGAUCUUACUGUAAAGACGAUUGGAAUUUGGCUCAAAAGCUAAUGAUUAAUGGGUGUGAUCCUUUGCCCAGGAGACGGUGCUUGACAAGGGCUUCUAAGCUCUACCAGAAGCCUUACCCUAUUAACGAGUCCCUAUGGAGAAUACCAGAUGGUAGAAAUGUUCGGUGGAGCAAUUAUCAGUGCAGGAACUUUGAGUGCUUAUCGAGCAAGAACCCCAAACGAGGUUAUUCAAAGUGUACUGGAUGUUUUGAAAUGGAGAAGGAAAACCUUAAAUGGAUCACUAACACCUCGCUUCCAACAGAUUUCCUCAUCAAAGAUAUUCUGGCAUUUAAGCCAGGGGAGGUAAGGAUCGGACUAGAUUUUGGUGUCGGUACAGGGACAUUUGCUGCACGGAUGAGAGAACAAAACGUUACAAUUAUCUCAACUGCUCUGAAUCUUGGGGCUCCUUUCAAUGAAAUGAUUGCGCUUAGAGGUUUAAUUCCUUUGUAUGUGACAUUAAACCAACGCCUCCCAUUCUUCGACAACACCAUGGACUUGAUCCAUACAACUGGAUUUAUGGAUGGCUGGAUUGAUCUGCAAUUGAUGGAUUUUAUUCUAUUUGACUGGGAUCGUAUUUUAAGGCCAGGAGGCUUGUUGUGGGUUGAUCGUUUCUUUUGUAGCAGAAAGGAUCUGGAUGAUUAUAUGUACAUGUUUCUGCAGUUCAGGUACAAGAAACACAAGUGGGCUAUCUCUCCUAAAUCCAAGGAUGAAGUUUUCCUCUCUGCACUGUUAGAGAAACCUCCUAGAUCUUUGUGA